UUUUAGUUUAUAUAAAUAGGUGAUUCGUGCUCUCUGACUUGCCGUACCCAAAAGGCCACGUGAUCAAAAAUCUAUAAAUAAGAGUACUUCAGCUCCAAGUGGUUUGUUUCUUUGACCGACUUACACUUGUGUCAUGGCGUCAACAAGCCGUGGAGAUGGAUCGACCUUGCCCAGGGUUCACUGUCCCAACCACCCCGAUGCUAUCCUGGUGGAAGACUACCGAGCAGGAGACAUGAUUUGCCCCGAGUGUGGUCUUGUUGUAGGUGACCGUGUGAUCGACGUUGGGUCAGAGUGGAGGACGUUUUCCAACGAGAAAGCCCUCAAAGAUCCAUCCAGAGUGGGCGACGCCCAGAACCCGCUGCUGAAUGGAGGAGAUCUCACCACCAUGAUUAGCAAGGGAACGGGGGCGGCUAGUUUUGACGAGUUCGGCAACUCCAAGUACCAGAACCGCCGCACCAUGAGCAGCUCGGACCGGGCCAUGCUCAACGCCUUCAAAGAGAUCACCACCAUGGCUGAUCGCAUUAAUUUGCCAAGGAACAUUAUAGACAGAACCAACAACCUAUUCAAGCAAGUUUACGAACAAAAGAGCCUGAAGGGCCGAGCCAACGACGCCAUCGCUUCUGCCUGCCUCUACAUUGCCUGCAGACAAGAAGGCGUCCCCAGAACGUUUAAAGAAAUCUGCGCAGUGUCCCGCAUCUCCAAAAAGGAGAUCGGCCGCUGCUUCAAGCUGAUCCUGAAGGCCCUGGAGACCAGCGUGGACCUCAUCACCACAGGGGACUUCAUGUCCCGCUUCUGUUCCAAUCUUGGCCUGCCCAAGCAGGUGCAGAUGGCCGCCACGUACAUCGCCAUGAAGGCCGUGGAGCUGGACCUGGUGCCCGGCAGGAGCCCCAUCUCCGUGGCCGCCGCCGCCAUCUACAUGGCCUCGCAGGCCUCUGCCGAGAAGAAGACACAGAAAGAAAUCGGAGACACCGCCGGUGUUGCGGACGUGACCAUCCGACAGUCGUACCGGCUCAUCUACCCUCGCGCCGCUGAACUUUUCCCUUUGGACUUCAAAUUCGACACACCUGUCGACAAGCUGCCCCAACUGUGAAAAGAUCCCCUUCGCCUCCAACCCCCAGCAGUACGACAGCGUCUGCUACUUUUUUUUUUUUUUUGUGGUUGGUUUCUCUUGUCCCUAAGAUUUCAAGGCAGCCUCACAGCAGUAAGAUGGACACACAUUCCAGUGAUCACUAAAGAACUCUCCCUACCAGACGGGUCAUGUUCAAGUGAGGAUGAUGUUUUCAAUUUUAGGCUGCUUUCAUACUGUAUACAUGCAUUUUUUGUAGGAAAAUGAUCUGCUUAUAUUUUGUUAGUUUGUUUGAACUGUAAUUUAAAAAAAUAAAAAACUUUUCAUUGGAAACGAAA